CAUCCGACCAAAACAAAAAAAUAAACUAAAAAGAAAUUUGAGGACAAGGAAAGAGGUUGAAGAAAAGAAGGUUCCCAGUCGCAUAGUGAACAAAAAACCCUAUAAAUAGACCCAUAUUUGUAAAAUCUUAAAAAUUCAGCAUUAUUUAGUUAUACAGAGCACCAACUCUUUAUUUUCUACUAGUGAUUUUGCCAAGACAAAAGGCAACUUAACAAAAGCAAUUUAACAGUUCUAGUAUGUUCCAAUGGUGUCAUGUCUUAUACUGAACUGGAACAUGGAUAUCAGGGUCUCCGACAAGCUACAUACAGGCCCGCACAGUUUUAUGUAGGCGCCGGUGAUUUGGAGCUAUGCGACCCCAACAACGCGAACUUGGACCCCGAAGACAUGGAAGAUGGGGGCAAAGUGGUCAUUGUGGGCGUAUGUGCUAUGGAGAAAAAGACCCAAAGCAAACCGAUGAAAGAAAUACUGACCAGGCUGCAAGAGUUCGAGUACAUUAAAGUGAUCGUCUUUCCCGAGGAGGUCAUUUUACACAAACCGGUUGAAGAAUGGCCCGUGUGUGACUGUCUAAUAGCGUUUCAAUCGAAAGGAUUUGCUCUGGAAAAAGCCAUUCAAUAUGCACAGCUGCACAACCCGUAUGUUAUCAAUAACUUACACAAGCAGUUCGAUAUUAUGGAUCGUAGGAAAGUUUAUGCUACCCUGGAGGCGGAAGGGAUUGAGAUUCCGCGGUAUGCGGUCCUGGACAGGGACAGUCCCAACCCUAAAGAUCAUGAGUUGGUCGAGUCCGAAGAUCACGUAGAAGUGAACGGGGUGGUGUUUAAUAAGCCUUUCGUGGAGAAACCGGUUUCAGCAGAAGAUCAUAAUAUUUAUAUUUAUUAUCCUACUUCUGCCGGAGGUGGUAGUCAAAGGCUUUUCAGGAAGAUCGGCAGUCGUAGCAGCGUUUAUUCCCCGGAAUCCCGCGUAAGAAAAACUGGAAGUUUCAUUUACGAGGAUUUUAUGCCUACCGAUGGUACUGAUGUAAAGGUUUAUACAGUGGGACCAGAUUACGCACACGCAGAGGCCAGAAAAUCGCCCGCCCUCGAUGGUAAAGUGGAACGGGACAGGGAGGGAAAAGAAAUCCGCUAUCCGGUUAUAUUAAGUAAUGCUGAAAAGCUAAUUUCUAGGAAGGUCUGUUUGGCUUUUAAACAGGCCGUUUGUGGGUUUGAUUUGCUUAGGGCCAACGGUAAAUCCUUUGUGUGCGACGUAAACGGCUUCAGUUUCGUAAAAAACUCGAACAAAUACUACGACGAUUCCGCCAAAAUCUUGGGAAAUAUGAUCCUGAGGGAGCUUGCGCCCACGUUACACAUCCCGUGGUCGGUUCCCUUUCAAUUGGACGAUCCGCCCAUUGUCCCGACGACAUUCGGGAAAAUGAUGGAACUGCGAUGCGUCACGGCCGUUAUCAGACACGGAGACCGUACCCCCAAACAGAAAAUGAAAGUGGAAGUGAGACAUCCGAAAUUUUUUGAAAUAUUUGAUAAGUACGACGGGUUUAAACAUGGGCACGUGAAGUUGAAGAGGCCCAAGCAGCUUCAGGAGAUUUUGGAUAUUGCGAGGUCGCUUUUGGCGGAAAUACAACAGCACGAGGCCGAUCCGGAAAUCGAAGAAAAACAGGGGAAAUUGGAGCAGUUGAAAGCAGUUUUAGAAAUGUACGGGCACUUCUCUGGAAUAAACCGGAAAGUUCAAAUGAAGUAUCAACCGAAAGGCAGACCGAGAGGUUCGAGUUCCGACGAUGUAGAUAAACCAGCGGAACCGUCGCUCGUUUUAAUUUUAAAAUGGGGCGGAGAACUGACCCCGGCCGGUCGUAUUCAGGCUGAAGAACUGGGCCGGAUAUUCCGGUGUAUGUACCCGGGCGGACAAGGUAGACAUCUUGCCGGCGAAUACGCGGGGGCCCAAGGCCUAGGACUCCUCCGAUUGCACUCGACUUUUCGUCACGACCUGAAAAUUUACGCUUCGGACGAGGGCAGGGUGCAAAUGACCGCCGCGGCCUUCGCCAAGGGCUUGUUGGCCCUCGAGGGCGAACUCACCCCCAUAUUGGUGCAAAUGGUGAAGAGCGCCAACACCAACGGCCUUCUGGAUAACGACUGUGAUAGUAGCAAGUUUCAAAACAUGUGUAAAGCGAGACUACACGAGCUAAUGAAAGCGGAUCGAGAGUUUACGCCGGUAGACAGGGAAAAAAUCAAUCCGUGUAACUCGGUCAGUAUAAACGAGGCGAUGGAUUUCGUGAAAAACCCUUACAAGUGCUGCAAGCACGUGCACGAACUGAUAAAAUCCCUCAUGGAGAUCGUUCAAGUGAAAAAAGAAGACGGUAAGACCAAAGAGGCGAUACUGUACCAUGGGGAGUCAUGGGACUUGAUGUACAGGAGAUGGGGUAAAAUCGAGAAGGAUUUUUACACGAAAAACAAGACGUUUGAUAUCAGUAAAAUUCCGGAUAUUUACGAUUGUAUUAAGUACGAUUUGCAGCAUAAUCAGCACACCAUUCAGUUCGAGCAAGCGGAGGAACUUUAUAUUUAUGCCAAGUAUUUGGCUGAUAUUGUUAUACCACAGGAAUAUGGUUUAACCGCCCAAGAGAAACUAACAAUCUCCCAAGGCAUUUGCACCCCGCUAUUAAAAAAAAUCAAAGCGGACCUACAGAGAAACAUCGAAGAACCCGGAGAAGAAACGGUGAACCGACUGAACCCGAGAUAUUCCCACGGGGUGUCUAGUCCAGGCAGACACGUUAGAACCCGUUUAUAUUUCACCAGCGAGAGUCAUAUACACUCGUUGAUAACCGUUUUAAGGCACGGAGGGCUCUUGGAUAUGGUAAAAGACGAACAAUGGAGACGUGCCAUGGAAUAUGUUUCGAUGGUAUCAGAGUUGAACUACAUGUCCCAAAUUGUGAUAAUGUUGUACGAAGACCCUACGAAGGACCCAUGUAGCGAGGAAAGGUUUCAUAUUGAAUUGCACUUUAGUCCCGGGGUGAAUUGUUGUGUGCAGAAGAAUCUUCCACCGGGGCCCGGCUUUAGGCCCCAUUCCAGGAACGAAUCUGCUGCCAGUAAGAAUUCGACACCAAAUUCUUCGACAACCCCGACCCCGGAAGACAAAAGCCACCCCAUGGUAACCGAAGCCAAAAUAUCGGUAAUCGAAGAGGAAAAAGUGUUGGUGGGCAACCCCGUAAUAACCGAGACCACUCCGAAUUCAUCGCCGGACAACUCUGCAGACAAUAGUCCCCAUUACACCUACACCAGGAUAACUAAGUUUAUAAAGUCGAGCGCUCCGAUACCCAUAGGAAAUGCGCAUACGGUGUGCGGCCACGAGGCCUUACACUUGGCCAAAUGCCUCACCGAGGAAUUGGCCAAUCAGGCGACCCAAUCCAGCGGCAGGAGUUUAGGGAAUAGAACGGUAAGCCCCGAUCAGGAACCGAGAGCGAGAAGUUACGACCAUAAAAGUCCGCAAAAGGGUAAAGCAGAGAAUUUUCAUCAAAGCUUGGAUGCCGUAAACAACGCAGCAUCACUGGAUGAUACAGACGUGUCCCUGACUCCCACUAACACCCCCGUCAGUCCCCCCAUAGACAUCCCGACUGUUAAUCCACUCGACGCCCGCAUGAUUCGAGAAUCCAACUAUAAACACGAACCGGUCGUGCGUAACCUGAGCCCCAUCUCGGGCUCCUUAGAUUUCGAAUCUUGCAGCGACUCCCCUCUGGCUUUUACUCACUCACCCAACGAGUUGCCACUCACCGAAGUGAAUUUGGCCCUUUUCACGUCCGGUUUGCACUCGUGCAAGACCAGCAGCACCAACGAGCUUCCCCUGUCGGACAUUAAGUUUAAAAGUCGUUCCUGUCGCGCCCUAAGGGACGACGGAACCGACAGUCCCAAAGACAACACCUCCCUAGACGCGAAUUACGAUUUCGAUAUAAAAGAGCUCGACAACACCAAGAAGCUGAUCCAUCACAGAUCGUUUAGCGACCCGAACAUCUUGGGCAACGAGUGGAUUAACAGUUCGGAGAAAAGUUUCCUGCUACAAAAGUACAACGAGAGCCUCGAUAGGGAUCACGACCCCAACAGGCUCUCGCCCCCCGAAUGUUUCCCGCCCGCGGUACCUCCGAACUGUUUCUAUCCUCCGGAGCGUGCGACCUUAUGCGUGCCCCGGCGGGGUCCCCCCAAUCUCCUCGCCUUCUUUUCCUCGCGUCGCUCGUUGUCGCACCCCGCAAAUCCUCCCCGUGUGAUCGACCCUUGCGUGUCCUAUUAUACAGAGUGUGGCGGCGGAAGCGGAGGCGGUGGCGGCGCUCAAUCUAUCAAACGCCAUCGGCACAGUAUUGCCGGACAGAUGAGCUACUUUAAGGUGUUGGGGUGCUACGGCGGCAUGAUGCCCGGAAUGAAGAAACUCAUCGGGGGCGGCAGCACGAACAGUCUCUUCUCGACGGCGGUCAUUUCGGGUAGUUCGAGCGCCCCGAAUUUACGCGAUAUGAUCCCGAGUACGGCCAGCGCUUCUGCUAUAGAAGGUUUCGGUGGUGUACCCCCAAUACGACCGCUAGAAACCCUACACAACGCCCUCUCUCUAAAACAAAUCGACAAUUUCUUAUGCCGAAUGACCACCGCCCAAUUAUACCGAACGCCGUCGUCAACACCGCCGAAAUACCCGUCUACACCGUUACCAACCCCAACUGGUAGCUGCAUCGUCGAUUAUGGGAAUAUCGUGGGCAAAACUGAGACUUUAAAGCUACAGUCUCCCAAUAACAGUGCCGGAUGGAGUGGACCUCCCAGUUUUAUAUCGAGCAGCGGACCUUCUUCGCCCCUCGAUACAAACUCGAAAGAGAGCAGCGAAAUGUCGUCGAGCAUCAUGAGCGCCGACGGGCUCAAUAUUGAUGAAUUGGCCAAGAUAUUUCCUACAGCCCCCGGCCUGGACAACGACCUGGAAAGCGUCGGAAUGACCUUAGGGGCCUUCGAUAAAGAAUUCUCCGGUUCGAUAGAGUUUUGCGAGUAUUACACCAAUCUUCAAAGACAAGCUGCCAGCGGUGACUUAACUCCGAUCUCCUACGGAUCAGAAGUCGAUUUCAAUACCAACGAUGCGACAGCGGGCUCCUCUUCAGCUCUAGACUUUGACUUCACCAUCACCGAGGACAUCGACAAAGAAAUGAUCGAUAACAAUGAAACAUUGACCAGCGAAACCUCGAGAACGUUAGUGAAUAAUUGUAACGCCCUUAGGUCCGCCCUGGCCGAAAGCACGUCCGCCACCCCCUUCGCAAUAUCAUCGUCCACCGGUAACGUCAGCGUAUGCUCGAACGAUUUUAAAGAGGGAACGCGUAGAAUGAAACCGAUUUCAAAUAUUAAGAGGGCCCAGUCGUUGUAUAGCAGAAAAAGUGACGUAGACACGAUCGACAUAAGGCAUCUGAUUAAGGAUUUUAGUCAGUUCGAUAAGGACACGUCCAGUUCGAAUCCGAACGUGAAUAACACCAGUGUGGGUUGCUUAAAGUGGAGCACCAGCAAAGAGAAAUUUUUCGACAUCAACAAAGACUCGAAAACCGAUAACGUGGACGUGGGUAAAAAUUUGAACACCGGAUCGAUUAAAAAGGUGGAAAAAGACCGCGAGUUAAUCACCAAAUUGAAUUCCGGAACGGGGUUUGUUAAGGAGGAGGACUCCGUUGAGGCGCCCAAGAUCGCCAGAAUAUCCAGAAGUUUCCACGGGAAUACCACUAAUCGCAGUUUGUUGGAUAUUGCUGGUGUGCCUAGGAGGGCGAGCGACGUACCAUUGGGAAAAGAUAAUCUUAGGCCUGAGCUGGGGGGUAAAAUGAGAACUAACGAGCCUAAAAGGCCUUUAUUGGUUACACAGCUGAGUCAACCGUGUGGUGAAAGUGCCAAACUGAGCGGAAAUUGUUCGAGAAAAACCUCUUUGACAACGGAAUUGGUGUCCAAAAAUCCGCGUUUUACGACAAUUAAAGUAGAUGAAGCCGAGCAUGCAGCCUCUGUUGGAAUAUCACGAUCUACAAUGAGCGAGUCUACAUACCAGCCGGACAGUAUUAAGGAAAAUAUCACAGAAGAAGUGGAUAGAUAAAAAUUCGUAGUUAUAGAGUUUAGUAUAUAGAAACGUUUUAAGGCUGUUAUCAGUAGAAUGUACACAAGUUUCUUUAAUUUAAAGCCCCUCGUGUUAUACUCGCCGUUAUUGAAUUUUAUCCUUUAUUGGUAAUUUUUAUCAUGAUGAUAGUCUUAUUUAUUGUCUAACUAUAGUAUUAUUGAAAUUUUAUGUUAAAUGAAAUAAACCCAACUAAGCUGUUGCAA